GCUUCCAUCCUCCUCCCUCCCUCCCUCCUCCUCCUCCUCCUCCUCCUCCUCCUCUCCGCCAGCUUUGAAGCUGGGCAGGGCUUGGAGCAGCCGAGGGAAGAAAAGGCGACCGCGACUUUCUUCUCCUCCUUGCGGGGUUCAUUGCGUUGAAUUUUUGCAAGCUCGCCCGGGCUUUGCACGGCCUGUCGCUUUUGUGUGCAGAAAGCCACCUCGCCGCCUCCUCCUCCUCCUCCUCUUGCAGCUCUAACGCGUGCAAAAAAAAAAAAAAAAAGCAGGGAGAACGGUUGGGGUCUCCCCCGAUCCCCCGUUGUUUUUUCCCCCCCCAGCCCGCCAUCGUAGCUUUUUAAAUUCGGGAGGAACAAGAAAGCUCCCCCGUUGCCCCUUGUCUCUCUCUCUCUCCCUCCCUCCCUCCCCCCCGAGGACCGACCGAUUUUUUUCCACCCCUUUCGCUCGCGGCGGGAAUAAGCCUUGCGUGGGAGAGAGCGAGUUGCUUCCCCGGGAGAGAGGGCGAGGAUGUCUUAUCAAGGGAAGAAAAACAUUCCACGCAUCACGAGUGAUCGCCUUUUGAUCAAAGGAGGGAAAAUAGUCAACGAUGACCAGUCCUUCUACGCAGACAUUUAUAUGGAAGAUGGGUUGAUAAAACAAAUAGGGGAGAACCUCAUUGUGCCAGGAGGGGUAAAAACCAUCGAGGCUCAUGGACGAAUGGUGAUCCCUGGAGGAAUUGAUGUCCAUUCCCGUUUCCAAAUGCCGGACCAAGGAAUGACCUCUGCUGAUGACUUCUUUCAAGGAACAAAAGCAGCCUUGGCUGGAGGCACCACUAUGAUCAUUGAUCAUGUGGUUCCUGAGCCCGGCACCAGUUUGAUUUCGGCAUUUGAUCAGUGGCGAGAAUGGGCAGACAGCAAGACCUGCUGUGAUUACUCUUUGCAUAUGGACAUCACCGAGUGGCACAAAGGGGUUCAGGAAGAGAUGGAAGCCUUGGUUAAGGAUCACGGAGUCAAUUCCUUCUUGGUGUAUAUGGCUUUCAAGGACCAUUUUCAGCUAACAGAUUCCCAGAUUUAUGAGGUCCUGAGCGUAAUCCGUGACAUUGGUGCAAUAGCUCAGGUCCACGCUGAGAAUGGUGACAUCAUUGCAGAGGAGCAGCAAAGGAUCUUAGAACUGGGGAUCACUGGUCCUGAAGGGCAUGUUCUGAGCAGGCCUGAAGAAGUGGAGGCCGAAGCUGUGAACCGGGCCAUAACCAUUGCCAACCAAACCAACUGCCCCUUAUACAUCACCAAAGUGAUGAGCAAAAGUGCCGCAGAAGUGAUUGCCUUGGCCAGAAAGAAGGGCACUGUGGUGUACGGUGAACCCAUUGCAGCAAGCUUGGGUACCGACGGAUCUCAUUACUGGAGUAAAAACUGGGCCAAAGCAGCUGCUUUUGUCACUUCUCCACCACUGAGUCCUGACCCAACCACUCCGGACUUCCUCAAUUCUCUGCUGUCCUGUGGAGAUCUCCAGGUUACUGGCAGUGGCCACUGUACUUUCAACACUGCCCAGAAAGCUGUUGGGAAGGACAAUUUCACUUUGAUCCCACAAGGAACCAAUGGAACUGAGGAACGGAUGUCCAUCAUCUGGGAUAAAGCCGUGGUUACUGGCAAAAUGGACGAGAACCAGUUUGUUGCUGUCACUAGCACCACAGCAGCCAAGAUCUUCAAUCUGUAUCCACGGAAGGGGCGCAUUGCAGUGGGAUCUGAUGCUGACCUGGUGAUCUGGGAUCCAGACAGUGUCAAGACGUUCUCAGCCAAGACGCAUAACAUAAAUGUGGAGUACAACAUCUUUGAAGGCAUGGAGUGUCGUGGGUCUCCUUUAGUGGUCAUCAGCCAAGGAAAAAUUGUACUGGAGGAUGGUAACCUCCACGCAACUGAGGGGUCUGGCCGAUACAUUCCUAGGAAACCUUACCCUGACUUUGUUUACAAACGUAUCAAAGCCAGAAGCAGACUGGCUGAAUUGAGGGGUGUCCCACGCGGUUUGUACGACGGCCCUGUUUGUGAAGUAUCGGUGACGCCAAAAACGGUCACACCAGCUUCCUCCGCCAAGACGUCCCCAGCGAAACAGCAGGCCCCACCUGUGAGGAAUUUGCACCAGUCUGGAUUUAGCUUGUCGGGUGCACAGAUCGACGAUAAUAUCCCACGGCGUACUACACAGCGCAUAGUUGCGCCCCCUGGUGGCCGCGCCAACAUCACCAGCUUGGGUUAAAAAUGACACCCCGGAGGAGAAAAAGUCCACCUAGCAGAUGGUGGGAGAGGGUGGGGACACUUGAAAAGACCUUUUUAAAAAAUUCUUUUAGAGCCUGUGAUGGUUACUGCGGAUGAGCAGUGGAUGAGGCCAUAAUCUCUCCCUCCCCCUUUUCCUUUUAUUGUUAACCAUUUCCCACCCCGUCUCUUCACAAAACCUACUCACUUCUCCUUUCCUCCUUUCCUUGGAAACGGACACCUCUCCUCUCCCACCCCCUGUUUUCUGCUUUUAAAAGAGAUAAACAUUGACGUGUAGAACUUGUAGUUGACGUGACCAUGAGCAUCCUCGUUUCUUUGCUUUGCCUCUUUUAUUUUUUUAAAUUUUCUUUUAAAGGAAGGAUAAAGUGAAUGUCCCGUGAGCUGCCUCUCCCCCCCCCUCGUCUAUUAAGGUUGGGUUUAAUAAAGGGUUUAAACUGGACAUUUCCAAAACUGGACUCACCAAUCAGGCGACUUAGAACAUGGGACUAACCAUCCCAAAUCCAAACCCAUGGAUGGCCUUCUUUCCAUUUAGAGGGAGGAAGAUUUUUGUGCUGCUAAGUCAAGGUGUAAUUGUGUUGUGGAGAGAAUGUAUCCCUUCUUAUUUUGAUAUUUAAUACCUUUAUCCCACUCUUGAAGCAAUUGAAGGAUUCUUCAUUUUCUUAUGUGAGAGUGUGUCUACGCAUAUGAUUAUGGGCUUGUUCUUGCCUGUUGCAUUGUUUGACAUGCCUUAUUUUAGGAUGGAGAGAAUCUUUCCAUUUUUCUAUUUUCUUAGAGUUUUAGGGUCUCCAUAGCUCCACCAUAUUCUGGUCAUUUCUUGCAUCAACCCAACCUUGAGUUUUGCCAUCCAAACCCAACCUUGAGUUUUGCCAUCUGAACUUCUUUCAGAAGUUCUCCAAUGUGUUCUUCUAAGUUUUGGAACCUUCUAAAAGACAUCCUCCACUGUACUUUCCCUAAACUUAUCUGAUUCUCUAUAUAGUAGACUCUCCCUUGUUUAAACUCUUCCAUCUCUGUGGGAAGUAGGUUCUUAGAAAAUCCAAGGCACAGACUCUUUAGGGGUUGAGAGCUCAGAGAAGGAAACUGGAUGGGGGAGCAUCUUCUAAAUUACUUCCUGCACUUAAAAGUGUAUUGCAUUGAAAAAAAGAAGACAUCAAUCCAUUCUUGCCACUAUCCCAGUGUUUCUCAACCUUGACAAUUUUAAGGCAUGUGGACUUCAACUCCCAGAAUUCCACAGCCAGCAUUGCUGGCUGUGGAAUUCUGGGAGUUGAAGUCCACAUGCCUUAAAAUUGUCAAGGUUGAGAAACACUGCACUAUCCCAAAUAAGAGGGCCAGCUGCAGAACUUAAUUGUCACCAUGGCUUGCUUCUUAUAUUCUAACAAUACACGAAUUGUUUCAUAGCUUAGAAUCUUAAGUCUACUACAGUAUCCCCCUUGAGCUCAAUCUUCAUUUUUCUACCAAUAGUACUAUUACUAUUGCUAAACCACCCAGAGAAUGUUGUAAAGUGCUAUGGGGCAGUAAGGAAGCCUAAAUGCUGUUGCUAGUGUAGUCUUAGAGUGUUGGGUCUUGACUGAGUGAAAACUGAGAUAUGGGAGAGACCUGUAGGACUGAUUCCCAGAAUGCCUUGGUGCAAGAAAAAGAAAAUGGAUGGAACCCAGUGUGGCAAAUAGAAAUCCUUGCCGUUCUUUGAUCACAAUGUAUCUGGAUUAGCUUUGGAGUUAGGACUGCGCAACCUGUUUCGUGCAACAGCUGUUCUGUGUUUGAAUUGAAGGUUUGAGGGAGCUGUUGCCUGAAUCAAACCAUGCACCAUGUUUUGUUCCACGGGAGAAUGAAGGAGGAUUGUUCUGAUCUGCACGCAAGUGGUUUGGUUCUUUGCCAGCUUAGAAUACUUGCCAGGACUUUGCUAGCUUAGGGUACCAGCUUAGGGUACUAAAAGAAAGAUGGCAGUAGACAUAAUGAGGAAUGCUGAUGAGAUGCUCCACAUGGGUGACAGCUGAGGUGAGAAACAGAAGUCUCUGAGAAGGUGUUAGGUUGAACCAGUGGAACAUGCUACUUGGAACUGCUGAGGGGAGAGAAUAGGUGUCGUUCAUCAGCUUCACCCUACUUGCCCAUCCAGUUUUUACUUGGCCAAAAUGCAAAAUAACUAAAGCAUUGAGCUUUUAGGUUUUCCUGACCUGGAGUGGUUCUGCAGAAGUUCUAAAACUCUGCAUUGUUUGGAGUUGAAGAUAAAAUGCUUCUACUUCGUGCACGUUUGCAUUUGGCAGCGACUCUUACCUGCAUUGUCCAGCCCCCGAUCUUUAAACCUCUUGUGCUAGCAGAAGGCAGUGCAUUCCUGACAAGCUAGUAGCAUGGCCAACUUGCCAUGAAUCAUCCUCCUUUUAAAUAUAGGUGCAAAGGUCUGAAUGUGGGUGGAUUUGAAGCGCUGGCCUAGGUGCACAGAGGCCUCUUAAUUAAUAUUUAUUAUUGGUCCAGUGAAGUGGAUGAUUCUCUUGGCUUGUUCUGAUCCCAUGAUAGAAUCCAAAUGUGUAUAAUUUGCAGGAUUCAACUGUAUGUAGCCCAUACAGGAACUGCCAUAGUUCCCAAUUCUUACCUGAUCAGAGUAUAUAGAAAUACAAACGCUUCCGUUCAAUCUUCUAGGAGGUUAACAGGCAAAGAUUGUCAAAUCUCCCUUUCCCAUCUUUGUUGGGUUGGUUGAGUCAUUAUUUGGUUACAUCCUUCCUUUAUUGUUUAUGUCUUCCUUUUUAAAAUAGUAGUCUUCGUGUACAUGUAUGGGAUUAAUUUGUGCCUUUACUUAAUCUUGGACGCAGGUCUUGGAAGGGGUUGACUCCGCUAAAGCAAAAUUUUAAGUUUCUACUUUCCCUAAGCUAGACUCUUGAAACCUAUGAAGGAUAUGAUUGAAUUCAAGGCCAAAAGUUAUAAGGAAUUUACACAGCACAUAUGAAAUCCUAAGAUUCCCAGAUAUCUCCUCAUUUGUAAGUCAUGAAUGCUCCUUCCUGUCUUUCUGCUGACUUAAGGUCAGAAGUGGCUCAGUCCAACAUGCCAUUGUUCCUCUUACCACUUCCAUGCAUAGACCAGGCAUAACAUGGUAUUGCUUCCCAGUUCUUGAGUUGACAUCUACAGAUGUAGUCAACUUUACUAGUCUGUUCUGGAUCCUUGAACUGUCUGUAUUUUUUCAGCUUGCCCCAUAUCGGACUCACGUCUACUGGAAUAUGUGUGAAGCCUACUAUAUGUGUUCGUAGAUUUUCAAUGUUCUGGUAGCUGUGGAGCAAUGGGUGAUGUGCGUAAUCCAAUAAGCUUGUGUUCCUCCUCCUAUAUAUUCAGCCAUAUGAAGAUAGUCCCUAGGACACUUCCUAUCUUUGGUCUACAUUCCCUAUUGCUCAGACAGUAGUGUAAAAACACCUGCCAUUUGAAUGCUGAAAUGUAUGGGUGCGAUAGGUAUAAAAUUGGAAGUUAACCUGCCUCUUUUCUUCCUUCCUUUUUUUUUUUUCAUGCUGUUACGGGCAACGAAUUCCAGACCAUUUCAAAUGGAUUUCUUAAUUUUUUUUAUUUACUUACAAGAUUGCACUUUUAUUAAGAAAAUAUUUAGUAAGUGUAAUAUAUAUAUGUUCAGCUAUUUUUAAUGUUAUUUUUUUCAUUUGUGCUUUAAUAAUGAAUUUAAGCAUUUUUUUUAAAAUGGGAGAAAAUUCUUUUGUAAAAAAAAAAAAACUCCAAGCAACCGUGUUUGUUUCAGUUGUGUGAAAUGCAUGCAGCUCUCUGCUAUUCACUUGAGUCUUCCUUCUCUCUCUCUCUCUCUCCCUCUCUCUCUCUCUCCCCCCCUCUCUUUCUCUCCCUUCCAUGUUCAUAAUUGUUGUUUUGCUUUGUGCUUUGAGAUGGGGAAUAGAAAAAGUUUUUUUAAAAAAAUUGCAGGCUGUGUAAGCAUGUUGUUUCCUGUGGGACCUCACUCGUUCCGUGUGUCUGUUUUUAAUGACUGUCCUAUGUAAAUGCAUAAAAAAAAUGACACUGAACAUGGAAUUAAUUUACCGCAGUGACUUGAUGCUCUAAAAGAAGAGGGAAAUCGUAAUUACAGAUAAUUAAACUAUGUAGAAUUUAAUACUAGAUGGAUUUUACCCCUUGGAUUUGUGCUUGUGAAAAUGAGUGAAGGAGCUGUAAGUGCUAAGAUGAUCAUGUGUGUAGACAAAAACAAAAACAGGAAAAAAAAAAAAAACAUCCCAGCCCUUAUAUUUGACCAUUCUCUGUAUGGGGAAAAUAAUGGCAUAAAACAAGUCGUGUGUUCUUUCUUUCUUAAAAAUUCUGUGUUACAUUACCAUGGGAACUCCUUAAUAAAGAUGAAAUGUUGUUGUUUCAGUUGCUGA